UCACGUGACCCCGGCGCGCUCUCGCGGGGGCCCAGACUCUCCGAGGCGGUGCCGCAGGGGACGGAGGGACAGACGGAGUAGAGUGCGCCGCAGCUUUCGCCCGAACACCAGUGCGGAGGACGUGAUGUCGGGGCUCUCCCGCCAGCUGCCUUGGGCUGCCGCCUGUCUGGCCGCGCUCUGUGUGCUGACCGCGGCUCAGAACCCCAGCCUGGAUCCGACUGUGACUGCGAUCCCGCUUUUACCGAACACCACCACCGCCAAAACGACAGUUCCGACGACGGUGACGACUCUUGCGCCGGUGACCAUUCCAGCACAAGAUACCUGUGAAAACCGCAGCAGCUGUGUUUCCUGUGUGAACGUUAGCCUUGAUAAUUCUACCUGCUUUUGGAUAGAAUGUAAAGAGAAAAGCUACUGUUCACGUAAUGCAACAGUUAGUGAUUGCCACGUGGUGAAUGGCACACAGUUCUGUUCUGCACCCAAGCCCACUCCGAUGCCAACGAAUUCUACAGCCAAAACCACCACCCUGCCAGCCACCUCAACCACCACCACCACCACAGCUCCUACAUCAGGUACAACUAAUACCACUUUAACUCCAACUUCACAACCCGGGAGGAAGUCAACCUUCGAUGCGGCCAGUUUCAUCGGAGGAAUUGUCCUCGUCCUGGGUGUGCAGGCUGUAAUCUUCUUUCUCUAUAAAUUCUGCAAAUCGAAAGAACGAAACUACCACACUCUGUAAACAGACCCAUUAAAUUAACGAGGACUGGUGUGUAACUCACUGAAACCAAAAUAUUCUCUUUCAAGAUGUCCCACGUGGAAGACGCUAUUCCAGGAUCUGUACACGUUCAAAGGAUGCAUAUAGGAUACUUGGGAGCAUCAUCUCGAAGAAAAAUCACUUAAAUCAUUUUGCUCAACAGGAAUAUUUAAAAUAUUCUGCAUGAAUCCUUGUGGCUGUCUUCUUUAUUUUCAAUGGCUGCUGCUGUGGGAUUAUGUUCUCUCUUCUUGACAUACCAAAUGUAACUCUGUAAGUGGUGGGAAGCAUUGUCCUGCACAGACACCUCAUGACUCUUCUGGCAGUUUAAAUUUAGUCAUUUUAAAGCCUGAAAGCUGCAUCAUUUUCAUCCUAUCUCAGGAUGUAGUUUAGUGACCAGAAUUGAGAAGAAUGUGCCAAAUGAGCAUCAGUCGGGUGGACUUUUGGCUGUCCUUUCAAAAGUGGAAUAAGUCGGUAAAUCUAGUAUCCUUAGAGUAAAUUGUAUCCUUAGCGUAAAAUUUUGUGCUUGUUAACAGUUAUUUUUUCUACAUUAGAAAUAAGAUGCCACACAGGGAAUUACAUUCCAGAUUUAAAGAAACGAAUGGAAAGGAUACAAACCAUUAAAAAGCAGGUUAUCAUUCAUACUUGCAAAGCACCUUAAAUCACUGAGAAAAUAAAGAACAGUGCCUUAAAAGACAGACUGAAAGGUAGGCUGUAACUUAAAAUGUUCCUGAUUUGUUCUUUCACAUUAAGGAGGGUAAAGGUUGGUCUGAUGAUCCAACUGUUGACGAGCUGUAGCAAACCUGCUUUUAGAUACCAUGCUGGUAAUAACCGAAAAUUUAACUAUUUUGUUUCAGACCUGAGCAAGUUAGGCUAAAGGAUGUUCUGCAAAGUUGAAAGCCUUCAUAUAUUGAACUUCCAACGUUUUUCUUAGGCUGUUAAAAAGUAUAAAGCUAAAGUUGAUUUUCUUACGUUUUUCCUUUGUACUUCAGGAAGUAUCCCCACACUGUUGUACCUUGAAAGGAUUUUUCACCAAGCUUCCUUGAAAAGUAACUUUUUUUUUU